AUGUGGAGUCCUGUCGUUGUCGCCGUUGGAGGUUUGUCCUCUCCUAGUGAUAGGGUAGCUUUGGUCCGAAAAUCAUUGCCUUACCCAGAACCCUCCACUAUUUUGUCUCACAGAAAGCGAGCCAGGUUGGAUAAUCUUACCGAGGAGGAGAAAAUCAUCCGAAGAAAAAUACUUAACCGGGAGGCAGCACAGAAGGCGCGUGACCGCAGGAAAGAUCUGAUGGAAACUAUGGAAGAAAAUCUAGCUCAUCUACGUUGGGAAAAUGAGUACCUAAAAUCUUCAAACCGAAUGCUCCGCCUCAAGUUUAUUGAACAAGAGCAAAAGUUUCAAGCACUCCAAGAAAAACUAAGUGGUAUUAUCAGACAUAUGGGGAAGUUUUCGGGAAGUCAGAUCGAGCCACCAGAGUCAGCUGAACUCCUCCCUCUGCAGAAGGGAGUGGCUCUCUGUCUGUCCGUUCUACUCUUCCUCCACUUUCACAAUAUCCUGAAGAAUGCGUCCAAAAUUCCAAUCCCGAGGAUGUACCUGAAGAUAUAUCAUCAACUUUAUUCGAUGCUCAAACCGUCGAAGUCUCAUCCCAAAAUGUGUCUGAAACCAAACAGUCUGGAGACAGCAAUUGCUCUGACGACCUGAAUCCAUAUUCUCCUUGCUUGUACGAUAGUAUCUUGAACAGUCUACAAGAUGACAACAUAGAAGACAUCCCUGGAUUGACAGAUGCUUACAAUUCGGAAGAAAGCUUAGAUGAACUACUGGAUGUUUUAAAAUGUGACGCGUGUGAUGAUUUAUCCACAGAAAUUCUCUUUUAACAUUUUCCAGACCCCGUGAUCCUGUCACUAAGGUCCUUGACCAUAGUGACGUUGUACAUAUGACUUUGUCAGCUUACUUAAUUAUUCCACUUUUCAUUCU